AUGGCAUCCGACCAGAAGACAUAUGCUGUUAAUCUACUGAGUGACUGCCUCAAGGACAUCAAGGUCUGGUCAGCGAAGAACAGACUCCGUCUCAACGAAGCCAAAUCAGAACUGGUACAUCUUUCUCCGCAAUUUAGAGCUACGGAGCCUCUGCCAGACUUCAAUAUGGGAGAGGGCAUACUUAAGAUGUCUGACUCUGUCAAAGACCUUGGUGUCACUUUAGACAAGCACCUUACCCUCCAGCCACAUAUCAGGAACAUCUGCAAAUCAGCAUCAUGGGGUUUAUUUAGGAUUGGUAAGGUCAGGCGACUACUCGACCAAGCCUCUACUGAAAAACUCAUUCAUGCCUUCGUCUCAUCCCAUCUAGACUAUUGCAACUCCCUCUUUGCCGGCCUCCCAAUUUCUUCCAUCUCUCCCCUCCAGCGAAUCCUCAACACUGCAGCGAGAAUGGUACUCAAAGCACUUGCCCCGAACAUUGCCCUGGGAAUUGGUGGUGCUGGGGGUUCUCCGUAUACCAUAAGCAGCACCUAUAGUAAUGAGUCUGCUAAGAGGGCGCUCUAA